UUCCAGCCUGCAAAGGGAUACAGGGAACAGGACGCAGGGGGCGUCAUGUGCAUGUGUGUGUAUGCACGCAUGCAUGUGGCUAGGAAUACAGGCGGUGGUGGAGAACAGCUCCCCCAGCUGCCAGCAGCAAUACCCUGAUGCAAGGCACUAUUAUGAACAUGGAGACAAAGAAGCAGAUUCCAUCUCACUAUGAAUGCAUCUAAGUGACACUUAAGGAUUUUAGAAAGCGCACCAGGCAUGUACCCACUGUCCUUUGGGGACAACAAUUUCUGGCGACCCAGAUGGGACCCAGCUGACUGCCUUGCCCGGUCCACCUCUUCGGCUCCAGCAACAACUGUGGACGGCGCGAGGGCCAGGCGCCACCGACCUUAUUCGUCGGAGGUCUGACCGUCUCCUGGUUGCCUGACGGAGUCGUGGAAAGGCACAACGGUGCAACCCUUGGAGGACCAACUUAAUCGGGCGGGGCGAGGGAGGUCUCAACGGACUGGACCUCAGAGCUGUGAACAAGGUCACGGUGACCCUCCACCCGGUGGUGCCAAACCCUUAUACCUUGCUGGCUACUUUGUCUGCAGAGGACCAGUGGUUUACUGUCCUGGACCUGAAAGAUGCCUUCUUUUGCAUCCCACUUGAAAGAGACAGCCAAGAGAUUUUUGCAUUUGAAUGGGAGGACCUGAAUACUAGGAGAAAAACCCAAUUGUGCUGGACAGUUUUGCCUCAGGGUUUUAAGAACAGUCCCACUAUUUUCAGCACUGCCUUAAGUACCGAUCUUCAGAAGUGGGACAGAAGAACGUCAGGAACCCUGUUACAGUAUGUGGAUGAUCUGUUGAUUGCAGCAAAAACGAGGGAAGAGUGCCACCUACUGACCGUAAGUUUACUGAACUUCCUGGGAUACCGGGUGUCUCAGAAAAAAGCCCAGAUAGAGCAAGAGAGAGUGCGAUACCUAGGAUUUGACAUCUCGCAAGGCCAGAGGAUGUUGGGCCCUGAGAGAAAAGAGGCCAUCUGCCGGAUGGCAGUCCCAAAGACCAAGAGACAGUUGUGAGGCUUUUUGGGGAUGGCAGGGUUCUGCCGGAUCUGGAUCCCCAAUUUUGGACUAAUAGCCAAAGCUCUUUAUGAGGCCACUGCUGGUAGUGAGGGAGAUUUGCAAUGGACAGCAGAAUGCCGAAAGGGCUUCGACACUAUCAAACAGGCCCUCAUGAAGGCGCCAGCCCUGGGCCUACCCGACCUGAGUAAACCAUUUCAGCUUUACGUUCAUGAACGCCAAGGAGUAGCGUCAGGAGUGCUGACCCAGUACUUAGGUAGCUGGAAAAGAGCAGUGGCCUACUUCUCCAAACAAUUGGAUCCUACUAGUUUGGGAUGGCCGACCUGCCUGCGAGCAGUGGCAGCUACAGCUAUGCUGGUAAAGGAAUCUAAGAAACUUACUUUAGGACAGCCAAUGACCGUGUAUACCCCACAUUCAGUGCUGGCGGUGAUGGAUGCAAAAGGGGGAACCUGGCUUUCCCCUGGACGAAUGGCUAAAUACCAGGCGGCUCUCCUGGAUCAAGGAGACAUCCAGUUGCAGACCUCUAGUACACUGAACCCAGCUACGCUAAUGCCAUUGGAACAAGACGAAGGAUUACAGCAUGAUUGCAUUGAAACUAUUGAGAGUGUGUAUGCUAGCCGGCCGGAUCUUAAAGAUGCCCCACUACCUAAUGCAGACCUUGAAUUCUACACAGAUGGAAGCAGCUUCAUGGACAAUGGAACCCGAAAGGCAGGAUACGCCGUGGUUACAUCCUGGGAUACCAUGGAAGCAAAAGCCUUGCCUCCAAAUACCUCUGCACAGAGAGCUGAGCUUAUUGCACUGACCCGAGCUCUCCAUUUGGCAAAAGGAAAGACAGCCACUAUAUACACAGAUUCGAAGUACGCUUUUGGAGUCCUACACGCCCACAGAGCUAUAUGGAAAGAGAGAGGACUCUUAACAGCAAGUAAAAGCCCGGUAAAGCAUGGAACAGAGAUCCUGAAACUACUUGAAGCCGUGAUGGAACCAGUAGAGGUAGCUGUGGUGCAUUGUAAGGCCCAUCAAAAAGGAGAUGGUGAAGUUAUAAGAGGAAACCGACGAGCAGAUGCUGCGGCAAAAAAGGCUGCCAGAGAACAAGCCAAGGAGACUCCAAUAUUGGCACUGGUGCCUCAGGUGGCGCUACCUGAAGACCCUCCCAAAUAUACUGAAAAAGAGAACCAACUCGCAGAGAAAUUGAGAAGCAAAGAACGACAAGAUGGAUGGUGGGUCUUGCCUGAAGGACAGGUCCUGGUGCUGAAAUUGAUCCUUAGCAAAAUGCUCCAAGAGUACCACCAGAGCACCCACAUGGGAGCUGACGCCAUGACCCAAGGUCUCCAAAGAAUUGUAGUGGGACCUAAGAUGAGGAAAACAGCAGAACAGAUAGUGCGUAGAUGCCCUGUCUGUUGUGCCAACAAUCCUAAGAUUUCCCCCAAACCUCCGCCAGGAGCAGGAAGGCAAGGACUAUUAGCAGGAGAAUGUUGGCAGAUAGAUUUCUCUGAAGUUCCCAGGAAGGGACACUACAAAUACCUGUUAGUGCUCGUGGACACCUUGACUGGAUGGACCGAGGCCUUCCCGUGCCGAACCAACAAAGCAAAGGAAGUGGUCCGGGUGAUGCUAAAAGAAAUGAUUCCACAAUUCAGAAUCCCAGAGGGAUUAGCCUCGGACCGAGGGCCACACUUUGUGUCAAAAGUGCCCCAGGCAGUUUCCCAGGCUCUGGGGAUACAAUGGGACCUUCACACAGCAUGGAGACCACAGUCAAGUGGACAGGUGGAAUGAAUGAAUCAGACUCUGAAAAGACAGCUGGCUAAACUUUGCCAAGAGACUCAGUUGAAAUGGCCCGAAGCUCUGCCUCUUGCCUUGCUUAGAGUGCGCAUAGCCCCUAGAGCUAAAUUGGGAGUUAGUCCAUUUGAAUUAAUAUAUGGCAAGCCGUAUCCUAAGAAUCCAGUGGUGACGCAUGGGAGUCAAAUGCAUGUAAAAGGGGAAGGCUGGGUAAAAGAUUAUUUGUAUUCUUUGUCUGCUGUAUUGUCUUCUCUCCACAGGUAUGUCCAGGAGCGACUUCCACUCCCCUUAGAUACACCAGUCCAUAAGUUCCAGAUCGGAGACGAGGUGCUGGUCCGAACGUGGAAAGACGAGCCGCUUCAGCCCCGGUGGAAGGGACCGUAUCCUGUGAUUCUCACCACUCACGCUGCAGUAAAGGUUCAGGGGGUAAAACCGUGGAUACACUACACUCGGGUGAAGGCCGCACCAGAAGCACUACCUGCGGGAAAAGUUGCUGAGAGUGUCGCACCAGAAGCCAACACAAACAGACACCGUUGGACAGCAGAGCCAGUAGAAGGACUUAAAUUUCUGUUUAAACGUCAACCAUGUGGACAGUAGUUCUUUGCAUAGGUGUAAUGUUUCUAGGGUCUAAGGGGUUGGUGCAUCAAAGGUUUGAAAAGAGUCAAAAUGUGUGGGUUUAUUUGGCAAAGGGCGUAUUGAAUGUCACUCAUUUUUGUUUGGCAGGAGGAACAUCGGUUGAGGAUAUUUUCACGUCAUGCCUUAUAGGGGUGCCCACUCCAUUGGAAGCACUCUGGAAUCAGACUUGGUUCGCAUCUGAGGGAAUAGGAGUUCCAAUCAAUUACACUAACUACCCCAUGUGGGGAACCAUUACCACAGAAAAAAACGCCAGUACCUUUGAAAUAGAUUUGUUGACAGUCACCUCCCCUGGUAACACCAGCUGUGCCAAUUUUGUGAACUGUACCAAAGCUUGUAAAAGCCUAACCAAAGAAACAAAAAUUUUCAAUUGCUCAGACGUGACUAAUGUAUCUUGCAACUACGGUCAUGUUGUAUUACCCCGGGGGUGGUUCCUUCUUUGUGGAAAGACUGUCUAUUCAUAUAUCCCAGCCAAUGCCACAGGAGGCCCUUGUGCUCUGGGCCGGUUGACUGUCUGGCUACCAGGUAUGCCUAUGACCUCUAGUAAACGUCACCGGAGAGGUUUGAAUGUGCUAGAUGAAUCCUGUGAUAGUGACGUAGACCUCCUGAGUAAGGCUGAGGUAGUGUCUGUCGCUGCCGUGCACUGCAGCGGGGGGGUCCAGAGCCUUAGAGGCCGUCAGGCGGGUAGUUGUGACGCUUGGAGUGGAAUUAAUUAGGCAGACGCUUAUCGGUUGUAAAGCAAGGUUAUUUACUCACGCCGUCAAUGUGGUGAAACACGGAGGUCAGAGAUACUUGGUUAGUUACAGCUUAGGGUUCGUGGGUCGGUCUGCAUAAGUGGUCAGAUAGAAAUGGUUGGGCAGAAAUGGUCGGGCCGGCUGUCAGUCGUCGAUUUACGUCUGAGAUAGGGUCAAAGACGGGGGACGAGCUGGCAAGUGAUCAGAUUGCCAGUUUACUCUGAUACGUAUGUUCAGAGGUCUCCAGGUGUAUAUGGAGUCGCCCUCUGACUUCACGGAAGUGAAAAUGGGUUUUAUUUGUGUAAUAGCCAAUUGCUUUUCGCCACAUCAUAAAUUUAAUUAGAAUCGCCAAUUUUCUAGCGGUCUUCGCUAGGGUGUUAUGACAGGGCUACUCCUCUUUUUACUCUGACCAAUUAUAAUGAUUUAUGUACAGCACAGAAGGCAAAAGUUUUAUCUCUGUUAGUGGCGCAGCAAUAAAUUUCUUUUUGCUGACACGCAGAGCAAAAGGUUGUUACCAGCAUCUGUUAACCCUUAGUUAACUUCAGUGCAGAAUGAAAAUGCUUUAAAUAAUAUCUCUUGCUUGUGGCAUAGGCACUACUAUAAUUGGGUUGUGACAGUGUCCUUAGCAGUUUCCAUAGUAGGGGUGCCAGGCCUAGCAGUGGAUGCCGAGAGGCAGCUUAGUAAGGUGGCCUGUGCCCUGGCAAAGGACCUAAAUACAACUUCACAGGCCCUAGCUGCCCUCAAUACUGAAAUGAAAGAACUAAGAGGAGCUACUCUGCAAAAUAGAGCAGCCAUAGAUUAUCUGUUGCUGAGGCAUAACCAUGGAUGUGAAGAGUUCGAGGGAAUGUGUUGUUUCAAUUUGACAGAUAAUUCCAAGUUGAUAGAGUCAAAAGUGCAGAACUUGAAAGAAGUUCUGUCCCACAUCAAGCAAGAGGAAGGGUUCGAUUUCUCUUGGCUUACUUCUUGGCUUCCUAGUUUUUCCUGGCUUAAACAAAUUUUCCUGUUAACUGUAGCAGGUAUAUGUGUUUUCUUGAUGAUUUGUUGUGGAGUACAAUGUGUACCUAUGUGUUGUGAUGUAUUCAAAAGAUCAGUUCCUUCCCCUGUUAAUCGUGUGAUGUUUGUAAAAUCAUCAGUUACAAAUCCGAUCCAAAAGAAUCGGGAGGGAGCCAGGAAAUUCCUGACGAUGAAAAAGAUGGUUGAGGACUAUGAUCCUAUUCCAUAGGGCCAUAGCCUUGAAGGGGGGAUUUGAUGAGUACCCUUGAAACUUUUAUAUGUUUUUUUAUACUUUGGGAACAGAUUUGUAUGUUUUGAAAAAGUAUUUUAUCUAACCAAGGGCAUAGAGUAGGUUGUUUAGGCUGGGGGAGAUCGCUUGUUGCCUAGUUGCUUAAUUGCUGGCCUUGCUAGAAGGAAAGGCUAUAUCAGCGAGGUCCCUGGGAGGGGUUGGAAGGGGGGUUACUUGCUGGGCUUGCUGCACAAUUUACCACAUCAGCAAAUUCAACCUGUCUUGUAGCUAUAUAAGGCUGAUGCCCACUUGGGGGGGGUGUGCUUGCUUUGCGAAUGAUUGCCAAGCACCUCUUUCUGCGCAGAAAUAAAGUUUAAGUUGGAUCCUC